AUUUAUUUUGAAGGAAGUAUUGAAGUUAACUGUCGAAAUAAAAUUGGAGAAAGUCCACUACAGAUGGCUUGUAAAGAGGGUAGUGGUCAAGUUAUUGAUGCUUUAGUGACUGCAGGAGCAGAAUUAAACUAUCAAGAUAACGAUGGCUGGACAGCAUUGUGGUAUGCUUACAGUAACAGAAAUGAAGACAUUUUGAAAUUAUUGCUAAAAUCAGGGGCAGAUAAGUCAAUCAUUAACAAUGAUCAGAAAUCAGUAUUAGAUGAAGCCUUGUUGAAUGAUGAAGAAGACAUGAUAGAAUUAUUACAGAAAUCCUUUUUAUAG